AUGCCCACGUUUGACUCCGAACAAUCCCUUCCUCAAUUACCUCUUCCCCAGCUUCAGGAGACAAUUUCUCAGGCCCUAACAGCCAUUCAGCCUCUAAGUACUCCUGAGGAGUAUAGCGAUCUCAAGGCUAAAGCAGGUCUAUUUAUUAAUUCGAAUGCAGCUAAAACCCUCCAACUUCAUUUAUUACGUUGCGCUCAAGAUAAUUCUAAUUACCUCGACUCUGAUGGUAUCUCUGCUGCCACUGGCAAUGUCUACGGUACUCUAAGAGGUCAAACUUUACCUAGAAACCCUUUUUUCAUCCUUGAAGAUGAUCCUUUGAAAACCUUUACUCCUUCCCAGGCUUUCAGAGCUGCCCUUCUUACUGUUUCAGCUCUCAGAUUUGCCGUUUCACUUCGUCAGGAGAGCCUCAGUCCCGAUACUGCUCCGAAAAGCGGCAGACACCUUACCAUGGAGCCAUACAAAAACUUGUUUGGCACUACGAUGGUUCCCCAUGACGAAACUGAAGGUAUUGGUAUCAGCAUCAGUCGAUAUCCAGAGUCAAGACAUAUUGUGGUGAUGGCCCGCGGCCAAUUAUACACUUUGGAGGUACUUUCUCCGGAGAACAAUCAGAUCUGGUUUUCGAAAUUUGAGCUUACUAACCGUUUCAAGGAGAUUAUGGCUGAUGCAGCCUCUAUUGAUUCAUUGGAGGCAACUCGUCAUGCUAUUGGUACAUUUUCUACAGAAAUGAAGCCUACUUGGAGGUUUGCAAGACGUAGAUUAGAACAAACAAAUAAAGUGCAUAUGGAAGCGUUGGAUUCUGCCCUAUUUGUUGUUUGCUUAGACCAUGAAUCUCCAGCUACCGAUCCUGAGCGUGUCCAAUUUGCAUCGCAUGGUACUUCUCGUACUAAUAAUCAGGGUGUUCAGGUUGGUACUUGCACAAACAGACUAUACGACAAACUCUGCUUUGUGGUGACUCCAAAUUCCGUUGCCGCUUGCAUCUAUCCAGCUGCCAUUAUGGAUGGAACUACGGUUUUGAGAUUUCUCAGCGAUAUAUACACUGAUUCUGUCUUGAGACUGGCAAGGCAGAUCAACGGUUCUCAUUAUACACUCUGGAAGCAGACUAACACUGUACCAAUUAAUGAGGAGAUUGAAAAACCGAUUCCUCACAGACUUCGGUUUGAGCUGCCCCAGGACUUACAGGCUGCUUUGCAUUUAGCUGAAACAAGACUUGCUGAUAUCAUCAGCCAGCAUGAAUAUGUGUUUAGGACGAUAAAUUCAGUUGGAGAGACUUUCCUUUGUAAAAGAAUGUGUCUUCCUGCAGAUUCUCUUGUCCAGACCUGCAUUCAAGUGACGUACUACGCAUUGUACGGUCGCAUGGCCUCUACAGUAGAACCGGUCACUACACGUCGGUUUAGAAGUGCACGUACAGAGCCAGUUACCUCCCAGUCUGAAAAGAUGCGCAGGCUCUGCCAGGCCUUCCUAUCCCCUACUCCUGACGAACAAAAAUGGAGUCUGAUUUUAGAUGCAGUGAAUGAGCAUAGAGACAAGGUGAUUGCGGCCACACAUGGUAAAGGAUUUGAGAGACAUCUUUCGGCUCUCCGUGCUUCGUUUAUCCAGAGGAAAGUCCUCAAUCGACUGCAUCCAGAUCUACCAGCUAUUGGUCAGGGUGAAACAACGAUUCCUUCUUUCCUCUUUGACCCAUGUGUUGACAUGCUCUACAGGCCCGAAUUAUUGGCAGCAAACUGCGGUAAUCCCGCAUUGCAUAUGUUUGGAAUCACUCCUUCUAUUCCUACCGGGUUUGGUAUCGGAUACAUUAUCAAAGAGGACUCUGUGUCUUUUGUGGCAUCGUCACAAUGGCGACAAACUGACCGAUUCCUUGAUACAUUGGCUAGUGUUAUCACUGAGGUCAAGUCCCUCUGGAAGUCGGUUGUUAAUGGGGCCAGUGCCAGAAAGGGUAGCCAUGUGGGGAACAGGAGUGACCAAUUGCAAGGGUACUUGGAUUCGAUUCCCAUGUCUCUUGUAGCAUCGAACAAUUCGUCUUUGCAGAGACAAAAUGUUAGUGCCAAGAGAGAUGCGGAUACGACCAUUCUUGGCGGCUACGAUUACUUUGAUGUAACUGAGCUGAACUUAAGAUCGGAGUUGCAUUCAGAGUUACAAAGUCAGACGAUCUCACGCAACGGCUCAAGCUCCAAUCUACCUGGAAAUAGUAACGUUAAUGGUAAUGCGGAGGUUGGACGGAAGUUAGUGGUCAAUGAGGACUUGUAG